UAAUUAACAACAAAAAACUAAGCUGGAAGUUAAAUAUACACACUGCGUUUCACAUAAAUUGAAAUUCGCGCUAUUGAAACGGAAGGCCCGCAUCAUAAUGUCAUUGGACGUCUCGCCUCGAAUGCGGGCCGCUUGCGAGGAGGGGAAACGCCCAAUGAGAGCACCGCAGGGCCCCGCGGUUGACGCAUUCGUGUAUCCCGAUUCCCACUCGCUAGUUUGCCCUCGACCAAGUUCUGCCUCCGUCAGAUACCGUGUGUGUGCUAACGAUCAAGAAAUCCUGUGUCAAACAAUUGUAAACAUGACCCGUAAUGUAUGUUUUACGGAACGUGAGACGGCUCGACUAGUAAACAUUUAUAAAGACUACGACUGUCUUUGGAACCCAAAACAUGAAGCGUAUCGAGACCAAGCAACAAGACUUGCGGCAUAUAAAGAAAUUUUGGAAAAACUAAACAUACCUAACCUAAAAGUUAAAGAUGUCCCGAUUAAAAUUAAAAAUUUGAGGUCAACAUACUACCAAGAAAUUAAAAGGAUUAGAAGAAGUGUCCGAGCUGGUGGGCCUACGUAUAAGCCAAAAGUGUCAUGGUUUAAAACGCUUCAUAACUUAUUGGAACCAUUUGUGUUCGAACGGCCGUAUGCGACAAAGCAACCAAAUAAAGAUAUUAUAAGCCAAACAGUUGCAACUCCGUUACAAGUUGAGGAUAAACCAAGAGACAAUUAUACCGAAACUGAAAGAGUUACAUCGAGAAAUAAUUCUGAGGAUGAAUUUGAUAGUUUUGGGAAAUACAUAGCCAUUACUUUGAGGUCUAUGCCUCCGGAGUUUUCGAUUGUAGCAAAAACAGAACUUCAGAAAACCUUAUCUGAAAUUCAAUUAAAGGUGCUCAGGGAAAUGCCUGCUGGUAGUAGCAUCAAUCAUCAACAACAUAUUAUCCAACCAUCGGUUUCCGAAGUAUCAGUGAAAAGCGAAAAUGAUGACUCAAAUAUGGAAAGCACAAAUCAUCACACCCUUGAUUCUUGGGACCCUUGUUUAUUUAAAACAGAAACAGUAACUGAUUAUUAAACUUAAGUAAAAGCAAAGUUGUAAAUAGACUCUGGCAAGGUUAAACACAAUAAACAUACUACCAAAUAAGAAGAAAUAGGCUUCUAAUUUUUAAAUAUAAAGUUUUAAUCUUUUCAA